GCGUGCGCAGCGAGUGACGGAGCGGCGAGUGUCCAGCUGUUGUGCUGUGUGCAGUCGCUGGGGCUGAACCAUAAAGCGGCUGUAUGGGGGAGGCGGUGUAAAGUCAGCAGCGUUCACGCCUAUGUGAUUGCCCAAGACCACAACGUAUAUCGCCUCGUAGCCUUUCAGAGACAGCCGGCUGUUUUUUUGCCUGGAAGCGAUGGGUCUCAUCUUCGCUAAGCUAUGGAACUUUUUCUGCAACCAAGAGCACAAGGUGAUUAUUGUGGGACUUGACAAUGCAGGGAAAACCACCAUACUUUAUCAGUUUUUAAUGAAUGAAGUGGUGCAUACGUCUCCCACCAUAGGAAGCAAUGUAGAAGAAAUAGUGGUUAAGAAUACACAUUUUCUAAUGUGGGACAUUGGAGGUCAAGAAUCCUUGCGCUCGUCGUGGAACACCUACUACUCAAACACAGAGUUCAUUAUCCUGGUUGUAGAUAGCACCGACAGAGAAAGGCUUUCCAUAACAAAAGAAGAACUGUACAGAAUGCUGGCUCAUGAGGAUCUGCGCAAGGCGGCGGUUCUGAUCUAUGCAAAUAAGCAGGACAUCAAGGGGUGCAUGUCAGCGGCGGAUAUAUCAAAAUACCUCACACUUAGCUCAAUAAAGGAUCAUCCAUGGCACAUCCAGUCCUGCUGUGCGCUAACAGGAGAAGGAUUGUGCCAAGGCCUCGAGUGGAUGACUUGCCGAACUGGAGUCAGAUAACCGUUACACCCAGAAAGGACUUCUAUUUAUUCAGUGAACUUGUACAAUGAACUUGUACAGUCUUAAAGUACUUUUCUACAUACGAAAGCAUUACAUGCUUAAUUUAUAACAGAUCAAACCUCUCUCUGAGCCACACUUGAAUCAAGUGCAGCUACGUCUGAAAGAAUCGCCCUAUGUGUGAACAUGCCACCAUGAUCUCACUGGGAGACCUCUUUGGUGUCUUAUUGAUGCCUAAAUACACUGCAUUCUCCCUGUAAGACCAACGUGUAGUUAGUCUUUUAUCCCUGGUGCUUGUAUUUGAACUAAAACUAAUGGGUUACUA